UUCUAAAGUUUAGUGAACACAUGUUUCUAAAGUUAAACAAGGUGAACACAUGUUUCUAAAGUUUAAUGAACACAUGUUUCUAAAGUUUAGUGAGCACAUGUUUCUAAAGUUUAGUGAACAUGUUUCUAAAGUUAAACAAGGUGAGCACAUGUUUCUAAAGUUUAAUGAACAUGUUUCUAAAGUUUAGUGAACACAUGUUUCUAAAGUUGAACAACAUAGUUGAGGACUAUACCUUUUGGUUUAGCUCUGAGAAUAUUGUUAUUUCCUGAUGAGUCAAAGAUAAAUAGACAAGACACGUUUUUUUUUUUAUUAUUAGUUUUUUUUAUAAAGCACAUUUUAAAACAACCAGAGGUGACCAAAGAGCUGUACAAUAAAACACACAAAGAGAAAUACAAGAAUCAAACAGAGCAAAUUAAAUAAACAAAAGAAAAAAACAUGUGAAAUCUUCAAUUUAACCUUAAAUAUACAGAAGGAGAACAUUUAAUUGUAACUGGUAAACAUUUGAGUGUCCUUAUGUUGUUUUUAUCCACAUCUGAAUAUUUUUUUUUUAAUUUCAUUUGAUUGCUUGUCUAUGUUGUUUUAGUAUUUUCUUGUAUUUCACAUCGUGACUUCUUCAAAACAAUUAUUAAAAUGUAAUGAUUAAUAAUGAACUAAUUGCAUUAAAAUUAACUCAUUGUACAGCACAUUGGUCAUCAGCAGUUGUUUUUCAAUGUGCUAUAUAAAUAAAGUUGACUUGAUUAAAAUGUUGGACAGCAAACACAAUCAUCUUUCCCCCUCGUCCUGGACUGAGGGACGGUCAGGAGCAGCUGGUCCGAGGAUCCCAGAGAUCUGGGAUAUUUAAUGCUUCAAAUACGAGAACCUUAUACUAGUUUUGACAAGAUACUGACUGUGGCUUAAAGAUUACGUAAUUUGAUUGCAAAAUAAAUGUCCCGUUGUGUUCCGGUGGGACUUUCUGAGAAAUGGGAUCAUGAGCGUCAGAGGGUGUGUUCUGUGAGCAGGACCCACUCUGAUGUCUCACAGAACAUGAUAAUCUGAUCCCUGCUCUCUGACCACUGUCAUGAUCCUCUGCCACACCCACGCUGUGCCAUGGUGCGGCGGUGGAAUCCAGUUUAGACAGUAACUCAAGCCUGAACAAACCCAGCAGCUAAAAAUAACAACAGUCAACAGAGCAGCGGCUGUGGGACAGAGACAGAAGGCAUGGGAGGGUCUUUACAACGGGGUUGGCAGAGGGGUGAACGGAGGGGCAGCUGGGGGAAGAGACGGAGCGACAGCUAAUUCCAAAAAAUACUGAGAAAAUACGACUUAAAGUGGAAUUGAAUCAACCUUUUAAGAGGAAAAUAGCAGGAGACGUGAAGACUGAUGAACACUGAUGAACACUGAGCUGCAUGAGGCCUGAACUCUAGAAGACAGAGCUGGAAUAUCCUCCACCUCGUGUUUCUGGAAGCCUCCACUCGUUAUCCUCUCCUGUCUCCUCUGACACUUCACUCUCUGCCCUCGGAGGCGAUGAACUUUGCCCUCGGCUUCAGGCCCCCCCCAGCAGGCAGCUCGGGGCCCGGUGCCGGCAGCGGAGCCACCAUGGAGAACCUGGAGAAGCAGCUGAUCUGCCCCGUCUGCCUGGAGAUGUUCUCCAAACCUGUGGUCAUCCUGCCCUGCCAGCACAACCUCUGCCGCAAGUGUGCCAACGACAUGUUCCAGGCAGCUAACCCUCUGUGGCAGACCCGCGGCUCCUCUAGCAUCGCUGCCAGCGGCGGCCGUUUCCGCUGUCCGUCAUGUCGCCACGAGGUGGUGCUGGACCGGCACGGAGUGUUCGGUCUGCAGAGGAACCUGCUGGUGGAGAACAUCAUAGACAUCUACAGGCAGCAGGAGUCCUCCAGGCCUGUAAACACGAAGCCAGAGCAGCAGCAGCAGCAGCUGAUGUGUGACGAACACGAAGAGGAGAGGAUCAACAUCUACUGUCUCUCGUGUCAGACGCCGACCUGCUCCAUGUGCAAAGUGUUCGGACGACACAAAGACUGUGACGUGGCUCCGCUCAGCAGCGUCUACACGACUCAGAAGGCGGAGCUGCGCGACGGCAUCGCAAACCUGGUCGCCAGUAACGACAACAUGCAGACAGUGAUCUCUCAGAUAGAGGAAAUACGCCGCACCGUGGAG